UGGGAAGCUCAUCACGUCGCUGCCAGUCGAUGAGUGGCUCUCGUCGUGAAACCAGGCACUAAAAAUCCCGCCUUUUUUCUCGCCCCCUGCCUCUUCUCUCGCUCUCGCUCUCUCUCUCUCUCUCUCUCGUGUGUCUGUUCCUCCCCCAGUAUGCUUCACCCUCUGCAUCGACGGCUCGUCUUGAUCACUGCGGCGUCGCUGGUCCUGCUGCUGGUCUGGCUGCUGGUCAGCCUGGACUCCCAGACAACCUCGUCUAUUAUUAGCAGUUACUUGCCCCGCCUGGGCCAGAUUGAUCCGGCCGGCCUGGCGGAGUAUGCCUUGGUGCCUGAGGCGUCGACGUUCUGCCCGCCGCGCUAUGGCCUGCCGUACCUGGACGGCCUGAGGGAUCAGGCCACCGAGUACUGCACGGCCGAGUCGCCGGCGACGGUGACCUGCUUCCACAGCCGGACGGCCUCCGACAACCAUGUGGACUCGUUCUGUCUUGCCCGGGCUGCGCGGUUGGAUCCCUCGCGGCGUCGGUUCCGUGUUGGCUGCCGGCUGGCGGAGACUCCCAAGACGACGACGACGGGGUUGAGCAUCCCGGCGUACGGCAGUCUGCGCUCGUACUGGUACGACACGGGGCCGGGGGUGAUUCUGCGCAAGUAUGUCGAGCUGGUGGGUGAUGGCGACGGAGAUACCACUGAUAGUGAUGACCGCGAUCCUCGCUUCACCAUCCUGAUCAAACGAGAGGGCGCAUUGAACCCGUGGCACUGUCUGAUGGAGAUGCUCUCCAUGACGUUGAGUCUCGACGUUCUGCGGUUAUCCUCUCUGUACACCCUCGAGGACCUCAACCGCACCCAGGUGGUCAUCCUCGACAACAAGCAGGACGGUCCAUACUACGAGCUGUGGUCGCUGAUGGCCCGACGGCCCAUCCGGCGGCUGGAGGACAUCGUCGCAAUCGGUGACACGGACAGUGAGAAUCUGAUCGUCCCUCUGCCGGGUGCCAGCAACCCGAUCUGGCAGGGAGACUGGGAGAUCCAUCCCUGUCGAGACUCUCCGCUGCUGCGUGUGUUUGCCGGACGGAUCCGUGCUUUUUACGGCCUCGACGCGCCGGCCGCUGCCGAUCCCAACAAGCAAAUCACCGUCACCUAUAUCGACCGCAACGAGUCCCGUCGGCUGGUCGGAUCCGAUGCCUAUCUGCAGGACAUCCGCCAGGCCUUCCCGGACGUUCUGGUGCAGGCCGUCGACUUCGCGGCGAUCCCCUUUCGCGAACAGGUUCGUAUCGCUUCCACCACUGAUAUCCUGCUCGGUGUCCACGGCGCAGGACUCACGCAUGGUCUGUUCAUGGACGCCGGUUCCGUCAUGGUCGAGAUCCUGCCCCCAGACUUUAAUCAUAAGGGGUUCCGUAAUUUCGCUGGCCUCCUCGGCCAUGCGUACUACAGUGUGCAUGCCUCCUCGUCGCAGGCACCCGAUGGUGACAACGUCGUCUCUCGUGACGACUGGCAUCAGAAGGAUGUCAUUCUGUCGAAAGACCGAUUCAUGGAGUUGAUCGACGUCGCGGUCAAAUCGUUGUAUAACAAAGGCUCUCAUAAUUUGGAUGUCAACUAGUAUUUAUGUAUAAUUGGUUUUACUGUUUCAAACAUAUAGACUCAUUUUGAUCAUAAUUUCAAUAUCAAACUAUGGAA